GCAUCAGUUACACAUUUGUUCUUUCAUCGGACACAGCUUGGUCGAGAGAAAAAAAAAUUAAAAUAGUUUUGAAAAUAUGAGAGCUUUCGUGUUAUUAUCGUGCUGUUUGGCAUUAGCUGCUGCUCGUCCAGAAGCUGGAUAUAGCUACAGCCGACCAUCAGGAGGUCACUCAUCAGGUGGAGGACACUCAUCCGGUGGACAUUCAUCCGGUGGAUUCUCAUCGGGAGCUUCUAGCUUCGGAGGUGGCCAUGGAGGUGGCUUCUCAUCAGGCGGUGGUGGAUUCUCAUCAGGUGGAGGAUUCUCAUCAGGUGGAUCAGGAUUCGGAGGAGGAUUCGGUGGUGGAAGCGGAGCUGGAUUCGGAGGUGGAAGCGGAGGUGGAUUCGGAGGUGGAAGCGGAGGUGGAUUCGGAGGUGGAUUCGGAGGUGGUCAAGCUGCCAUUGUUCAGAAACACAUCUACGUCCAUGUCCCACCACCAGAGCAAGAAGAAAUCCGUGCCCAACGUCCAAUUCCAGUUGCACCAGCCCAGAAACACUACAAGAUCAUCUUCAUCAAGGCUCCAUCUCCACCACAAUACCAAGCACCAAUCAUCCCAGUCCAACCACAAAACGAAGAAAAGACUUUGGUCUACGUUUUGGUGAAGAAACCAGAAGAACAACAAGACAUUAUUAUCCCAACUGCCGCACCAACUCAACCCAGCAAACCAGAAGUUUACUUCAUCAAAUACAAGACACAAAAGGAAGCUGGCGGUGCUGGAUUCUCAGGUGCUGGAUUCUCUGGAGCUGGAGGUGAUCUCGGUGGUCUUGGAGGUGGACUCGGAGGUGGACUUGGAGGCGGUGAUGGUGGAUUCUCAUCAGGUGGUGGAUUCUCAUCAGGCGGUGGACACUCAUCAGGCGGUUCAUUCUCAUCAGGCGGUGGACACUCAUCAGGCGGUGGAUUCUCAUCAUCUGGAAGCGACUUCGGUGCAGCUCCAGUCAACCCACAAUCAAGCUAUGGCCCACCCGGUAAAUAAACAACUCACUCAACUCCAAAAGCGCGUCUAGUCUUCUUGUUAUGAACAACAUUUUUGAAUGAUCCUGAAUGAAGCAUGAUGUUAACUCAAGAACACACUCUCAACACAUCUAACUUCCGUUUUUCCUUUCAUCUACUUCCUGAAGAUGUCAAUCAAUGACAUCUCACAAAAUGCAUGAAGAGGCAAAACGCAACGUUUAAAUCCAAAAGAAGAAAUCUAUCAUUCUUCUUACUUGUCUUCUAUCUUUUAUCAUCUGCUCCCGCCCCCUAUCAACCCAUUGUACAUCACAAGACAUUCAUUGAAGCUUUUGUAAAUAUUUGAGAAGUGUUCUGUUAUCAAGACAUCUUGAUUGAACAAGACGCGUUAGCAGGACAACAUUCGUAACUGAUUUCUUUCUUCUUCUCUUAAUUCACUUCUCCUUUUACCAAAAAAAAGACAAAAAUACGCGGAAGAAGAUUAAGAAGAAAAAAAAUUAUCAUUCGAAAGUGGAGAAUUCUCAAACGACUCAUAAACUCUCUCGUUAGGUUAAAGAUGUUAUUAGAAUAAUGAAAAAUAAUUUUAUUGCUUAUAUUUAAGUCUGCAAGAAUAAAACGGUGACA